AAAUCACCCUACCCCUCACCAAAACCUGUACCCAGACAGACAUGUCUCUUUACAAGUCACUUCACAGUCAUGAUGCGAGGUAGCUCAUCAUUCUCCAGGGAGAAUAUUCACUAAACACCGGACUUUUGAUUAUAUUUCUACAAACUUCAAAAAUGAUCCGAAUCAACAACACCCAAUACUUCCACUUCUUGCAGCAGGCGGAUGCCUUACGUCGCUCAGGGUCACUCUGUGAUGCCAUAAUCUCAGUAAAGAGUCAAACUUUCAGGGCCCAUCGGCUGGUACUGGCUUGUGCUAGCAGAAGAUUAGCAAAGCAGCUAGCUCUAGGAGACAUAGACAGCCCAGUCCACUGCACUCUGGAGUAUUUCUCACCCCGCACCUUCCAGCAAGUUCUGGACUUCACUUACACACAGACUCUUGAGGUGUCUGUGGAUGACCUGCACCUGCUACUGAGAGCUGCUCAGCUGUUGGAGAUGCAGCUGCUGGAGGACCAGUGCCAGAAGCAGCUGGACAAUCUCCACGACAGAGGCAGAGGGGAGAACAAACAAAGAGAAAUCACAAAUGUCAAAGAAGAAGAAGAAGAAAGUGUAGAGCAGACAGGUCGAAAGCGAGAAGGAAGUCCAGUUCAAGAGGAGAAACUCGGAAUGACUUCUCCCCCAGGGGAGGAGGCAAGCAACAGCAUUGUCACGGAAAACCUUUCACCCUCUGAUUCUGUCAAGAAUCACAACAAUCUGCCAUCCUCAAGAAAGAAGCCCAGACUGUCCCCUGUGUCAGCAACACCCUAUAACAGAGACAGUGUCAUUACAAGGCCCACCAGCAGCAGUUCCUCUUUCUCCUCUCCGUGGCCUUUCCAUACAAACAUGUGGAAUUCUGUGAACACCCUGAGGUUGAUAGCAAAAGACUAUUCAAACUUAGUUGCAGGUCACACCCUUACGCCUCCAAACCAGACCUCGGUAGCAUACCCGUUCUCCCUCACCACUCCCCACAUGUUUCCCAUACUUGGCCCCCAUUUUCAAAGCUCUGUAAUGGGCUGCUCAGCCUUACAUCCACGUUAUACACCAAACCUUUAUGCUGGAUCUACAGGUAUGGGGAACAUAAUCAAGCAAGGCCUGUUAAAAAGAAAAAAACCCAGCCCGAGAUCAUUUACUGGGAACGUUCAAACCAGUGAACUGAGUUACCAUGAUGUACCCAAAGCCAGCACAGAGAGGGUUAAAGACUGCCAACACUGCAGUACAAGCCUCCCUGGUGAUCCAGUGUUGCGGGAGUCAGCCUCCACACCAUUGGGUGGGACCUGUGCAGGGUGUCGGUUCUGUGGAAGAGGAGAUGUUGUGCAGCAUGAACCACAAUCCCAUCGACAAGAACACAGAGGGGAAAAACCCUACCAGUGCCAGCACUGUCCCAAGAAGUUUAGUCUGAAACAUCAACUGGAUACACACCACCGAGUUCACACAGGAGAGAAACCCUUCGAGUGUCGUCUCUGUGGCCAGCGUUCACGGGACUACUCAGCCAUGAUCAAGCACCUGCGGACUCAUGGCGGGGCAGCGCCAUACCAGUGCACGGUGUGCCUGGAAUUCUGCAGCAGCCUAGUCGCCAUGCAGAGACACGUCAAGAGUCACGCAGUGCAGGACUUCCCCCCUAACUGGACCAUCAACAACACCUACCUUUACACCUCACACAUCUGAGCCAGCACUCACAACAGAAGACACCUUUGUCUACACAAAGUUCUCAUAAUGUGUAGCUUUAGUUUGUGCCUAUCAUGUAUUAUCAUUACAUUCGAGUUUUUCUGUAAACCCAGAAGGUCCUUUAACAUCACUUACCAUUGUUUUGAAAUAAUAAGACAUGAGAGGCACAAAAUGGGACUAUAUGUUGCAAUAACCUCCAUACAAACUAGUCUAAAUUCACAUUCACAACUUUAGAACAGUACUCAUUUCCAAUGAGAAAAGGCAGUUAGUAAAGUAUUGGGUCAUGUACGUGCAUUAAAGCCACGUGAACAGCUCAUCCUCAUCGAAUGACGCAGGCCUCUUCCCUCUUACUUUCAUAAUUAUUGGACGGCUUGUGUAAACUUUGUAAGUUUGACCAAGGUUUAUAGCGCCCUCAUGAGGGUAACCACUGUAACAAUUUUAUUUUAUUUUAUUUUUUUGUAAUGUUGCUUACAAAUGCUUCACCAUGUCACAAUGUGACCAGUGGCUCAGUUAGUAUGUUUGCAGCUGGACAAAAAAAGUGCAAAAAAAGUGCUGGAACAUAUAAACACACAUGCACUGAUCCAGAUUUAGUUUGAAUCUGUCUAUGAUGCCUUAUGCCUUCAAUAAAUAUAUCUAUUAGAUCCUUAAAUCCUGGGGGGGGUCAUUGACACGAGAAUAACAGAGCAUUUGUAGACAGUCUGUCUAGCCAGUGACAAACAAUAGUCCAGCAUUUUCUUGUAUUUUACUCCUCCAUUAGUGGAUUUUCUGCAUUGUCAGUCACUGAUGGUUGCUGACCUAACUCACUGGUUGCAGUUCAUAAGGCAUGAAUACAGUGACUAAAAGUGUAUACCAGGUGUAUCUAGCAACUACCAUACCUCUCUAAAAACACCACACAAGUUAUAUGUGAAGUUAUUCCCAGAAACCCUCAUGUUUAUCUAUGUAUGUAUGUAUGUAUGCGUUAUGUAACCUCUCAGACCGAGCUGUCAAGUUCAGGUCUCCACUGAGAGCUAUUUGUUGAUUUGUACAGCAUUAUCUUAAUGAGUAUGGGUUGGAAAAUAGACAAAUGUUUAAAUGUAUACAUUUGUAUAGGCUUCAAUGGAUCAAUAUUCCUUGUUUUAUACUACUAAUCCAUCAAAUAAACAUGCUUACGCACAA